CCUCAAACCCUUGGGGCCAAACAUCCCAAACCACUUCCAGACCAGAAACCAGAACAGACCAAACCCGAACCAACCCCCAUCAGGGGAGAGGAGCCAGGAGAGGAAACAACAUCAACCACCGGAGGGGAAGGUGAAGAGGAUUGUGCGUAAGUUCAGCAGCCAGGAGAAUGAGGUGAUGGGGCAGGCAGGACUAGAGACAAGAACAGGGGUAGAGGCAGGGGCAGAGACCGUGACUGGGGCAAAGCAGGGAGACGGUGGGGUGGUGGGGUGGACAAGGACAAGGGCAGAGGCAGGACAGCAGGCAGACAGUAACAGAGGACAGACAAGGGCCCGGCAGGCCGACUAUGAUGCUAUAAUAAUGAGCCCUUCUGUGGAACUCAGCAUCAUACCACCUCCGGUACCAUUGAGAAAGCCACGUUCUGGCCCUCACACACAACCUACAGCACAACCCACAGCACAGAGGGAUGCCGUGCCCCUGGGGCAGGAGACAGACAACCAUCCGUGCACCCUUCUCACACCUGGACAUGGACGAGGAAACAGAUCAGCUCCCGAUGGUAGUGAGGUGGAUGAAGCGCCUGUGUGUGUUGCCAUUGAGAGCGGACAAACCACAGGCUCGGCAGCCACCCCUAGUGGUCACCAUGGCAACACGGCACAGUGCCAGUGCAUCUGUCACCUGAGGAGAACUGGCAUGAAGUUAGUCUGGGUUCCCCUGGAGGAAGAGGAAGAUAACUAUUUAGAGGUGAUAGGGGAUGAAGAAAAAGACAAACGAGGAAAUGAGCACCAGAAGAGGGUGGUGAAGGAGCGGAAGGAAGAGGAGGAAGAUGACUACAUAGAUGUGACAGGGGAUGAAGAGAAAGAAAAACGAGGGAAUGAGGACCAGAAGAGAGAGAGGAAGGAGGUGAAUGAAGAGAUGUUGGGACCUUUCAGAGCAGAUGAGCGAGGGGGGAAAAGUCAGACAGGGUGCCAGACAGAGACAGCUGCAGUGUUCAGUGAGCACAGAGAGGACAGAGUUCACGAGGUCAGCGAGAAUAACAGCCAGAGAUCCUUCCAUUCAAAACAUAACACAUCAUCCAAUGCAGAAUCUUCCCUGGCCCUGACGAUCUGCUCACAGCACAGCUCAUAUCAGCAUAGCACACAACAGCACAGCUCACACCAGCACAGCUCACACCAGCACAGCUCACACACCAAGCAGAUUAGACCCCCUCAAAACAAAACUGAGACAUAUGAUGAGGUUACAUAUGAGGCCAUGCCCAUGUUUGACAGAGAAGAACCACAUCCACCCCCACCCCCACCCCCACGCCUGAUGAAACCUCCACUGACGCACAAAACGCAGCAUCCCUCUCCUCCGAAGGAUCAUCUCCAGAGAACCCUUCUCCAGAGCAUGUCCACUCCCUCUCUCUCUGGCCUACUAACCUCAAUUUCAAAGUCAGACAUCCAGAAGAGUACCCCUUCCCCUCAGACUCCUCCCUCCAUCUCCAAUGGCAACUCCCAUCAGCCAAUCCUGCGACCUCUGCCUCCACUUCCUGUUUUACAUGAUCUCCGCCUUCUCCCCAGCCCCAUCAUGCCCCGCCCUCCUCAACUCAGACCUCAGAUUCCAAUGAAACCUCUUCCACCUAACCCUGAGCCCAGUGGCCCUAGCUGUCCCAGCCGACGCUCAUCCACAGAUGCUGAUGUUAGGGAUGACUGGGUGACUGUGGACAAGGAGGACAUAGAGGAGCCACAGGAACAGGCAGAUAGUCCCAGGAGGAUCUCCUCAGACUGGGGACCUUUGAGGCUGGACGAACCUCUGUACCAGAUCUACCAGGCUAAGUCCAUCAAGGAGGCGAUCCAGCUCCAGAGCAUCAGCCGGAGUGCCAGCAGGGCCACCGUGGACCUCCAUAUGAGGCUGAGGGGCGGUGGGUCCUUAGGGGCCCCUAAGGGCCAGUCCUCCAGGGCCAGGAAUGGCCCCGCAGAGGUCACACUGUGGCAGGAGUUACCGGUGGUCAGAGACAGUGGGAUCCUGGAGAGACUCAGUCCAGAGGAGCUGCAGAGACAGGAGAGCAUGUUUGAAGUAUUGACAUCGGAAGCCUCGUACCUCCACUCACUGAACGUUCUCACUGAUCACUUCCUAAUGUGUCGGGACCUUGACGACACACUGGUGAUCCAUGACAAGAAGACCCUCUUCUCCAACAUACUCCAAGUGUAUGAGGUCAGCCAGAGGUUCUUGAAGGAUCUUCUGAAUAGGAUCGAUGAGAACAUUCUGAUAACUGAUGUGUGUGACAUCAUCCACCAAUACGCCCUGUACGACUUCUCAGUCUACAUUGAUUACAUCCGUAACCAGGGUUACCAGGAGAGGGCCUACAGCUCCCUCAUGCAGACCAACAACCCGUUUGCGUUGGUGAUGCGGAGGCUGGAGGAGUCUCCUCUAUGUCGUCGUCUUCCCUUCUCCUCCUUUCUGCUCCUUCCUUUCCAGAGGAUCACACGCAUCAAGAUCCUUGUACAGAACAUCCUGAAGAGGACUAAAGAGGGAACUAGGGAGGAGAACACUGCCUCUAGAGCCCUGACCUCAGUGUCUGAGAUCAUCAAGGAGUCCAACACCCAGGUGGGCCAGAUGAAGCAGAUGGAGGAACUCAUACAAGUCAGUAACACACUGGAGUUCAACAAACUCAAGGCUGUUCCCAUUGUCUCGAAGGCUCGCUUCCUGGAGAAGAGAGGAGAGCUAUAUGAGCUAUCCAAGGGGGCCUCCCUCUUCAGUGCUCGUCUCAAACUCACCCCCAUCUACCUCUUCCUCUUCAAUGACCUACUCAUCAUCACAUGCAAAAAGAGCUCAGAGCGCUAUAUGGUGACAGACCACACCCACCGCUCCCUGGUGCAGGUCCAGCCCACGGGGUUUGGGGCUGGAGCGGAGGACCCAGGGCCCAAGUUGGAGCACUCCUUCUGUCUGCUACUGCUGGAGAACCACCGAGGCCUGGCCUGUGAACACCUGCUGAAGGCCCAUUCAGAGUCAGAUAUGCACAGGUGGAUGGCAGCAUUCCCUUCCAUAAAUGACCCAAACAGAAAGAAGGAAGAGGUGAUUUAUGAGGACUGGGAUUGUCCCCAGGUGCAGUGUGUGGAACAAUACGUUGCCCAGCAGGCUGAUGAGCUCACCAUGGAGCCUGCUGACAUCAUCAACGUGCUACGCAAGACCCAUGAGGGUUGGUACAAGGGGAUGCGUCUGUCUGACGGAGAGAAGGGUUGGUUCCCUAGCAAAAGCGUGGUGGAGAUAACCAACGAGCAUCGGAGGAGACGGAACCUUCAGGAGCAGUACCGCAUCGCUCAAGCUGCAGCUAAAGUCACAAAGAACUAACUACCUGCAUAUUUGUAUGUGUGUCCCAAAUCACACCCUAUUCCCCAUAUAGUGCACUAGUUUGGAGAAAUGGUCAAUGGGUCCUGGUCAAAAGUAGUGCACUAUAAAAUGGUAUUACAGUGCUAUUUGGGACAAAGCCUAUGUCAAACCAAGGAUUUCUCUAACCCUCUUUUUCUUGUUUGCACUUGAGCUUUAACUCAAGUGCAUCAUAUACAUACACUUUUGUAGCUGUAUUAGUUAAACUAAUAGUGCUAUACUACUCUUACCUACACCUGCUGCCAAAUGCUCCCCAUCCACUGUUUGAUGUACU